AUGUUCGCACUUCUUUUCCUUGUAUCAUUCACUUCAGCUUUUUACCAAGUUAGUCCAAAUUCCUUAGAUGGCAGUAUUAACAUCAUAAAACUGGGAAGAAUAUAUAACAGUGGUACCUUGACUUAUGCAAAAAUUGAAUAUUCAGGCAACUUCCUGAACUAUUAUUAUUCCACUGAUUGCAAAGAGUGGGUACCACAAGGGUCUUCUACUUAUGAACAUCCUAUAGUUUACUCCAUUCCCGAUUUUAUCGCUGCUAAGUACACGUACGAUGCUACUGGAUGUGUAAUGUCCAAUGAAGAUGCUAACCCAGAUGAAGUUAUAUAUACUGAAAGAUGUAUCACCAGCGUUGUUUCUUCGUCUCAAUACGUCGUUGAAAACGACAAACUUUAUUUGAAAACAUACUCUGGAGCUGGAUGCACGGGUACUUUCACUCUUGGUAAUGAAAUUGCUACACUUGAUAAAUGUGUAGAUAAUAGUAAAUCUUCGUACCAAUAUACAAGUGGAGCUGUGGAAUUCUUUGCUCUGUUCGCUGUAGCACUUGCUUCU